AUAAUGUAAAUAUAAAUAUAGAUGGGGAAAAUUUGUAGUGCGAUCUAAUAAUUUUCUUUCGAUCGGGGAUUUGUUAAAAGUACCAAAAUGUCCAGUGACAACAAGAACAAUACGGCAUUACUUGUGCUAUCAGCAAUAUCCGAACUUCGUGACACGCAGGGAUCGACGGUGAAGGCCAUCACAGACUUCAUCGAAAAUGAAUAUGAUGUCCCUGAGAAAGAGUACAAGCGGUACUUGCGUGGAACUCUUCAGAAGGGCGUCGCGUUCGGGGCUAUCAAGAAGAAUCGCGGCAAGUAUCAAUUGGGAGAAGUCCUCAACAAGCUGAAGAAGGUUAGCGGCAUAAGGGAGAUGAAAGGACGUCGCAGACGGAGCAGAAGCGGACAUCGACGCAGGAGAAGGAGCAGGAGGCGUUCCGGCAGCCGCAGGAGGAGACGUUCCCGCAGGAGGAUUUAAAUGACAUAUUCUUACAGUGCACACUUUGAUGUUCGUCUGAAUUCGCAUAUAUAAUUUAUUUGAUGUCUGAU